AUGACACGGCGUAUUGUUCGAGCCAUCACCCAGCUAAGUGCUGCGGCCUUCUUCACAUUCCUCGUCGUCUUCUUCCUCGAUCGCAACUUUCGCUUCAUACCAAAUGCCAUACACGAGUACAUGCCCCAGCACCAUCCGGGGCUUGUCAUCACAGAUCUUAAAAUCACAAAAUGUUCGAGUGUCAGUCUUUUUACAUCUUGUAAAUUGGACCCGGAGCAAUGGCACCGCAUCGAGAAAGAUCUUUACCUCGGAAGAGGCUGGGUCUCGAGCGCAUACCUAAACGUAAGGAGGCUGAAGGAGGAGGAUCUGACACCCGACGACAAGGUGGUCAUGGACGUCAUGGUCGGCCGAUUGGAUCCUUCCGAGGGAGCCAAAGGCCAGGCGGAUCAGCCAUGGGAAUCACGAGGCUCGGGCCUAUGGGUCUUGCGGUCAGCCAAAGUACACGCAAGCGACUCCAAGCAGGCCGUUACUGCUGUGGAUCUGUUAUUUGGAGACGAUGCUGUCGAGGCGCGGGACGGCUGGCAUAUUGUCGGAACGCCCAUGUUGUUGGAUACAAACCCCAAUAUACCUGCUGCGCACGUCACGAUCCGCCGUGGCUCCCAGCCAGCACCUUUCAAGCCGCAGCCCCGAGUCAAAGACAAUGGAAAGUUCAAAAUCAUGCAAUUGGCAGAUAUUCACCUCAGCACUGGUGUUGGUCACUGUCGCGAAGCGGUGCCAGACGAAUACCAUGGGGGCAAGUGUGAGGCAGAUCCACGGACUUUGGACUUUGUUGCGCGGCUUAUUGAAGAGGAGAAGCCAGACCUGGUUGUCCUCAGUGGCGACCAGGUCAAUGGAGAUACGGCCCCUGAUGCCCAGACGGCCAUUUUCAAAUAUGCGCAGCUGCUCAUCAAGUACAAGAUCCCCUACGUAUCCAUUUUUGGCAAUCAUGAUGACGAGAAGAGCAUGUCGAGAGCAAGCCAAAUGGCAAUCAUUGAGCAACUUCCCUAUUCGCUCUCCCGAGCCGGCCCAGACGAUAUCGAUGGUGUUGGUAACUACUACAUUGAAGUGCUGGCACGCGGCCAAUCGACACAUUCAGCCCUCACGAUCUAUCUUUUGGACUCACACUCGUACUCGCCCGACGAGAGGCAGUGGCAAGGCUACGACUGGGUCAAGGAGAACCAGAUUGAAUGGUUCCGGCAAACAUCGGCGGGUCUGAAGAAGAACCACAAGCAAUAUACCCACAUCCACAUGGACAUUGCCUUUAUCCAUAUCCCACUGCCAGAGUAUCGAGAAACAGAAUCGUUCUUCUUUGGCGCUUGGAGAGAAGGUGUGACGGCUCCAAUGUAUAACUCGGGCUUCCGUGACGCCCUGGUCGAGCAGGGCGUCGUCAUGGUCAGCUGUGGACACGACCAUGCAAACGAAUAUUGCAUGUUGUCAACAGACGAGGUCGAAGAGGAACAAAAGCCUCGACUUUGGAUGUGCUAUGGCGGUGGUACAGGCUUUGGUGGUUACGGUGGUUACGGAGACUAUAUUCGACGAGUGCGCUUUUUCGAUCUCGACAUGAAUGUUGGCCGAAUCACAACAUAUAAGCGUUUGGAAUACAAUCAGACGGAUCUCCGGAUCGACGAACAAGUCAUUGUCGAAAACGGCCACCCACUUCCGCCUCCAAUCAUAGAAGAGGAAUGA